AUGUCCUCAACCACCGAAUCCCUCCCCGACCGCUACAAACUGGUCUUCUUUGUCCCAACCGAAAACGCUGAGACAUGCAAAGAAGCCAUCUUCGCAACGGGUGCGGGCUCAUUCCCCGGCGAGAAAUAUACCAAAUGCUGCUUCCAGACUAUCGGGACGGGUCAGUUUCUUCCGAAUGAAGGGGCGAAUCCGGCUAUUGGGGCUGUUGGGGCUGUGGAACGCUGUGAGGAGGCGAGGGUCGAGGUUAUGUGUCUUGGGCGCGAGGUGAUGCUGGGCGCGGUGCAGGCGCUUGUACAGGCGCACCCCUAUGAGGAGGUUGCGUAUGAGGUCUAUCGGAUGGAGAACGUGUAG